CAGUGCUUUCUGAGGGACCAAAACAACACACACACUGGCAUGUUGUCACAACAGAAAUGACUGAAAACAUCAACAUGGCAUCGGGUUGACUGAGUUUCGAAAAACGUUUGAUAUUUGAAGAAGAAGAGAGAAAGAAAAAGAGUCAGAAUAAAGACCUCAUUACAGAGACCCCCCCUCCCCCGGGAAUAAGACAGAACAACAAUGGGUCUGUUUGAUAAACUCGCUGGCUGGUUGGGGCUGAAGAGGAAGGAAGUGAAUGUCUGUCUGGGAUUGGACAACAGCGGCAAGACCACUAUCAUCAACCAACUCAAACCAUCCAAUGCCCAGACACAAGACAUCGUCCCGACCAUUGGCUUCAGCAUCGAGAAGUUCAAGACAUCAAGUCUCUCCUUCACAGUGUUCGACAUGUCUGGCCAAGGGCGAUACAGAAACCUCUGGGAACAUUACUACAAGGAGGGUCAAGCCAUCAUCUUUGUGGUGGACAGUGGAGACAAGUUGAGGAUGGUGGUCGCUAAAGAGGAACUGGACACCCUCCUGAACCACCCAGACGUAAAGCACCGGCGGAUCCCCCUGCUGUUCUUUGCCAACAAGAUGGACGUGAGAGACGCCCUGUCUUCUGUCAAGGUCUCCCAGCUCCUCUGUCUGGAGAACAUCAAGGACAAGCCCUGGCACAUCUGUGCCAGCGAUGCUGUGAAAGGAGAAGGUUUACCUGAAGGUGUUGAUUGGCUGCAAGGUGCGGCAGACUCUCUCUCUGUCUCUCGUGGUUUCAGCACCACUAAAUGUGUUUGA